AUGGCCUACAGACGAUGCAAUUGCGAACGAAUUCCUACUGAAAGAAAAAAUUGGCAAACAAAUAUACAACAGAACAAAGUGGAAAAGAAGGAAGAAGAAGUUGAUGCUGUCGUCACCAAAAGAAUUGGCUCCAAUAUAACAUUUCAUUGCCGAUACAAUCAGGAUGAAGCUACCAUUAAACUCUACUGGCUGAAGAACACAGGCGUCACGGCGGAAAACAACGAAACGAUCUCGGCUCGUAGUCGCUACGUCAGCCGCGUCGAGGGCGACAUCUACAGCCUGACGAUUAAGGACAUCAUUGAGUCGGAUGAAGCCGUGUACAAAUGCAUGUCAAUCAAGCAGCAUUUCGUUUCUUACAGACUGGUUGUUAUUGACCCGCCAAAAAUAACUCGAACCUUCCCCCCCCACUCCCAACCAAUCACAACGCUGAACGAAGGCGACGAUAUUUUUAGAAUGGAGUGCCAAGCCGCGGGAAAUCCCAGACCAGUGAUCACGUGGUACAAAAAACAGAAUUCAAAACAUGAUGACGCAAUAACCACCUUGGCAACGAACACGUCAUCAUAUACGCUGUUCAAUAUAACCAAAGAUCAUAAAGGCAAGUAUGUGUGCAAGGCUUCCAAUGAAUUCGGCGAUGUAGACGAGUUCACGUUCACAAUUAAUAUUGCCUUCCAACCAAGAAUAACGCAGAUAAGUGAGGACCAACUGAUCGCUCAUGGCGACAGCUUCACAAUCGUCUGUGUGGUCGCUUCCAAUCCGCUAGCCGUUGUUAAGUGGUUCAAAGUUUACAGUGAUGAUGAAGACGACGACGACGAUAAUGAUGUUAAUGACAAUAAUAAUAAUAAUAAUAAUAAUAAUAACGACAGUUCUACUAUUACAACAACCAAUAAUGAUGAUGCUUGCUUUCAAAUGAAAGAAUAUUUUGAUUUCCACACUAAGUAA